AUGGCGUUCGACUUCAUCAACAAUCUUGAGCCACGUUUGAUCAUUGACUUUCUGUACGAACAGGAAGUGAUAACACUAGAUGAGCUAAGCACACUUAAUGAUACAGACCUAAAACAAAUAGACAGGCGAUGGCAGUUACUCGAUAGCGUAGCAGCACGGGGACAGAAAGCAUUUUGUAUAUUUAAACAAGCAAUUGAAAAUACACCGGAACUGUCUGAGUUAUCAAAUGAACUCAAAAUCGUUGAUUUUACAACGUUUAAACAAUCCCUUCAGAGUAAACCAGGAGUGUCUCGAUUAACAAGCACGACAAAAAUAUCGAGGAAACGGCGAAGAGCAUGUGAAAAUGAAAACAGAAAAUCACGAGACAGUGAACAAUAUAAAAGAGCUAGAAAAGAUACAAAGCAACUUGUUGAGGCCACACGUGUUCCUCGACCGGUGUCAUCGGAGCGAAAACAUAUUAAGCAUGUUGAGAAAACAUUUGACAUUCUUGCUGACAUGUACAACAAUGGACAAAGUAACGAAUUUGCAAUAGAAUGUAUCAAAUUACAAGCAGAAAGACCUAACUGUAAUGAUACAUUGUUCACAGUGGCGUACAUGCAAGUCUUGUUUGCCCAACGAAAGUUAGAUUAUGUUUCGGAAAAGACAUACCUUGUUGUCGCAAAGAACCUUAUGCCAAAAACCAAAGAUCCUCUGUAUUCCCAAUUGCUAGUAUUAUCUCCGCAAACAAGAAAAUAUCUAUUGCAGAAGAAGUUUGCUAAACUGCAAAAUAUAAUCGAUGACAGAAAAAUGAUUGUUCAGUCCGAUCCCUUGCAUUGCACCGGAAGAGGUGCAGCAUGGGUUUACUACAACGAAGGGAGAAGUAACGCGUUACAGCUAGAUAUGAUCAGUGACAAAAGUGAAGGCGAAGCAAAAGCUGUAGAUGUAAUGCGAGAACGCACUCUGGAAAGCUACAAUAGAUCCUUACAACAUUUCAAUGAGGAGAAAGGCCAAGACAGGAUAUACGGGGCAGCCUAUGUAAAGUUCCAGUUAGUGGUUCUAUUACUAAGAUGUGGUUGUAAUGGACUAGGCAUGGGCCGCAAAACAAAAGUUCCAAAGAAAGACGAGAAAAUUGCUGACUUUAUCAUGAAAGAAUAUGAAGAAUCGAAUUCAAUAACUUGUCCUAUUCUUACCAUGUACUUCAGCAUUGCGAAUUGCGAUCGCAUGUUUAGGAAAAAUCUCUUGAAAGAAGCAUUAAGAAAUGCUGAAACAGCACUCAUCCUCGCUAAAGAGAAUAUGACUGAGUAUAUACAGCCCAUACAAAAUCGCGUUGACUAUCUCCGACGCAAUACGGCUCAGUUUACAAAGCCGUUAAUUUUAGAAGCAGACUCGUCGACAGAUUUACCUUAUUAG